AUGGUAAAUAGGAGCAUGUUGAUGUCCUUGAAUUAUCCUUCUUUUCUGGUUGGUGUUAUCUUUAGAAACAGAACGCAUACUCAAUACAGAACAAGAUCGUCGAAUUCGAGUAUAUCUUCAGUUUUUCUGACUGAUGAUAGUGGAAACUUUGAGGAACCAAGAUCGUCAAAUUCUUGCAUCAUGCUAAGCCAACAAAACACUAUUGGUGUUAUAGGAGGAGUAUCAGUUCUAUCAACUCUUGUUUUCUUAGAAAAAGUAGCUUGUUGGAGUUCAAGGAAUGGUAAACAAUGUCCACCUUUUGUUGUCUGCAGUGAUCCUGUGUUGAGCAAGGCACUUUCGUUACACGGUUCUUUUCCUUCUACAAGGAACCGAAUGGACCACAUAAAAUUGAAUCAAGAGUUGAUGAUUCAGAAUUUGCGGCACAAGAGAAACAUUCUUCAUCAAUCCGGAGCCCGCGGUUUGGCCUUGCCUUGUCAUCUGUCACAUGCUUGGCACAGUGAAAUUUCACAAGACAGUUCUCUACCUAUUCUUCAUGUUGGUGACUGUGUGGCAAUGGAACUCAAGAAUGCUAAGAUGAAGCCAAUUCAUGCUGCGAAUACCGUGAGGAUUGGACUUCUCACUACUGAUUCAUCCUUUGUAGUUUGUUAUUACAAGGAUAAGCUUCAAAGUCAGGGUUUUGAAGUAGUAUUGCUAGACAAAGAGACCGAGGAACACAUACUAAUUCCUGCAAUGGAGGCUUUGCAGAGAAAAGACAUAGAAGGUGCAAGGAAUUUGCUGAGAAUUGCAAUCCAUGUUCUUUUGGUUAGGGGAGUGAAUGUGGUGAUUCUGGCAUCUGAUGAUUUGCUAGGGAUUCUCCCUCACGAUGAUCCUAUUCUUAGGAAGUGUAUAGAUCCCAUGGAUGCUUUGGCUAGAUCAAUUAUAAACUGGGCAGAAACAACAGCAAAGAUACCUGGGGGAUUUUAG